GGUUCCAUAGUGGACAAAAUGGCGACGCUCACGGGAGCCGAUUUGUCCAAGCUUCGCGUUGUUGAUUUAAAAGAACACUUAUCAGAACGCGGAUUAUCCACCUCCGGCCUGAAAGCGGACCUGGUCAAAAGGUUGCAGACAGCGUUGGAUGAAGAACAUGACGUGAACAAGCCGCAAGACGACGACAUGGACACAGAGGAGGACUCUCAUAGUCCUCCUGGUCCGCCUCAGCAUGCUGAACGAGGUCCACCUCCUCAGGAGCCUCAACAGCAAAAGCAGCUUCUGGAGACCCAGAAGGAAGCACUGGGCAUUGAGCAAGUGCGGCUUUUAGAGCAAGAGAAAGAGCUCCUUGGAAAAGCGCAGCAGCAGCAAAUCAUGCUCGAGGAGGAAAAACAUCAAAAGAUACUGGAGCAGACACGAAUCCUCCAAGAGGAGAGGCAGCAGCAGUUGCAACAGCAAGUGCCUAUCUUGGCCGUGACAGAGCAGGUGAUGGUGACACCACUGGCACCUGCGGUCCUGGUCGCCGCAGCGACCACCCAGGUGGCUGUGCCAACCGCCGCGACUCCCACCGCCACGCUUGUCUUGACUCCGGCCUCGGCGACGGCUCCUGGAGGCACCGUGACCUCGGUCAUCUCCCAGCAGACCACAAUUUUGACACCUGUAAGCCUGGUGACGACCACACCUGUGGCGGCUCUUGCACCGGCCGUGGCGGUACUGCCGCAGCAGCCUCCCCCCACUCCCCCGCGGCCCCCAAUGGGCGUGGCACCCCCGGGCCUGAUGCCCCACGGCCUGGCACCACCCGGAGUGGCGCCACCCGGCAUGGCACCACACGGGGUGGCGCCGCCGGGCGUAAUGCCCCACAGAAUGCCGCCCCAAGGAAUCGGGCCUCCAGGCAUGGUGCCACCCGGAAUGCCUCUUUCCGGCAUGGUGCCACGCGGCGUGCCACCGCCCGGAAUCGGACCGCCGCCCUCCCAGCACAUGGUGCCACCGCCACCGGGGGUGCCGCAGCCGCCCGCGAUGCCUCUGGACGUUGCUCAGACAAUGCCUCCAGCAGAACAGGUUGAGGAGGUGGAGAUUCCACAAGUCAUCGAAGAGAUCUUUGCCAACACGUCUGAACGUGCCCAAGAGCUCGCCCUGGCGCCCGUAGAGGCUCCUGCUGAGAAACCAGCAAUUGAGAAAAAACAGGUGCCCACAAAACCGCCGAGGCUCGUCGCCGUGGACGAAGGGGACGACGAAGAAGAUGAGGAGGCAGAGGCUGUGAAAGCACCACCUGAGUCGAAGAGCAAGAAGAAGAAGAAAAAGAAGAAGAGGAGGGCACAGCGCAAGCAGCAGCAGCAGCAAGAGGAUGCGGCCAAGAAAGCCGGCAAGGAUGUGGAGAUCAAGGAGGAGGUGGACGUGGACAUUGACUAUGUGCAGGAGACGAUAGACACUAAGGACCCCUACUACUACCAGUUCCUGCUCAUCUUUGAGAAGUUCAAGCUGCAGGAGCCAGAGAAGCCCAAGGUGCCGGGGGCGGAAGGCUCCACCCCGGCGCAGGACGCCGCCGCCAUCGCCCAGCGCCUGCUGGAGCGCAAGAAGCCCGCCGAUCUGGACGACGACAAAGACGACGAUGACAUGAAGGCAGACGAGAAACCCAAGCUGUCCAAGCGCAAGAUGAAGAAACUCAGUCGAAUGAGCAUUGCAGAGCUGAAGCAGAAAGUAAACCGUCCCGAGCUGGUUGAAAUGCACGACGUGACCGCCAGGGACCCCGUGCUUCUGCUCCACCUAAAGUCGUCGAGAAACACCGUGCCGGUGCCACGGCACUGGUGCUUCAAGCGCAAGUACCUUCAGGGUAAGAGAGGCAUUGAGAAGCCUCCCUUCGACCUUCCGGGCUUCAUCAAGAAGACGGGCAUCAUGGAAAUGCGGCAGGCUCUGCAAGACAAGGAGGACCAGAAGACGAUGAAGGCGAAGAUGCGCGAGAAGGUGCGGCCAAAGCUGGGCAAGAUCGACAUCGACUACCAGAAGCUGCACGACGCCUUCUUCAAGUGGCAGACCAAGCCCCGCAUGAGCAUGCACGGGGACCUCUACUACGAGGGCAAGGAGUUCGAGACCCGCCUCAAGGAGAAGAAGCCCGGCGACCUCACGGACGACCUCCGGAUAGCCCUUGGCAUGCCCACCGGACCCAACUCGCACCGGUGCCCACCGCCCUGGCUCAUCGCCAUGCAGCGGUAUGGGCCCCCUCCUUCUUACCCGAGCCUGAAGAUUCCCGGACUCAAUGCGCCCAUUCCUGACGGCUGUUCCUUUGGAUACCACGCCGGCGGAUGGGGCAAGCCUCCCGUCGACGAAAUGGGGCGGCCCCUCUACGGCGACGUCUUUGGGACACAGUCUUCUGACGCCAUGAAGGACAUGGUGGAGGAAGAAGUGGACCGCACGCUGUGGGGAGAGCUGGAGAGCGAGUCCUCGGAGGAGGAGGAAGACGAGGAUGAGGAAGAGGAGGAGGCCCUGGAGGACGAGACCGGCCUGGUAACUCCAGCAGAGGGCCUGGUGACUCCCAGCGGAUUCAGCUCCAUUCCCGCCGGGGUGGAGACGCCGGACAUGAUCGAGCUCCGCAAGCGCAAGAUCGAGUCUGAGAUGGAAGGUGGGGAUACCCCGGCGCUGUACACCAUCUUGCCGGAGAAGAAGGCCGACAGAGUGGGCGCCGCCAUGAUGGGAUCCACCCACGUCUAUGACAUGAGUGCCGCAAUGGCCAAGGGUGCGAAACUGCCCCCUACCGCGGGCGGGUCGGACCGGCCUGGAGGCGUGGAGAUCGCCCUGGACCCCAGCGAGUUGGAGAUGGACUCGGCAGCCAUGGCUGCCCGCUACGAGCAGACGCUGCGGGAACAGCAGUCACACCUCGCCAAGGAAGAUCUCAGCGACAUGGUUGCCGAGCAUGCGGCCAGGCAGAAGAACAAACGGAAGAAACAACAGCAAGACAGUGGCAAGGUGGCCAAGAAGUACAAGGAAUUCAAGUUUUAGGAGAUUUGUAUGCUUUCACAUUGUCAUUGUAUAUCAUCUGUUACAAAAUUAAACCCUCCAUUGGUGCAAA